AGGAUUUGAAGACCCGUCAUGUUCUGAGAUAGUCACAAUACUCUUAGAAACAGCAGUAUGUUUCAGUUGGUGGGUGCGGUUGUUGUAAAAUUCACCAAAGUGCGCGGUUCCGAGGUGCGGCGCAUGAUCUUCGGACCGGUUUGCGACGUUCUCGCGCGAGUUGACCCUGACCUGACAUGAGAGUAUAGUUCCCUGGACCAACAUUCCGGAUCCAUGAUUUACAAGCGGUCGAAAAUCUCGAAGAAGGACCCUCAAGCUGUCUUCGUCCUCAUACCGCAGGAGCGCGAUCCUUACUAUGUCUUUAUCAACUCCGGGGUCAAACCGCAUUUUUGCCAGCGUCUCAGCACACUUGAGAUCAUCAAAAUGUCGGAGCGUCGCACGGUGCUCUCCCGGCCGCGGACGAAGGUCUACAACUGCAACUACGACAUCGGCGAGCGGCACUACAAGUCGAUGAUCGACGAGCUGGACCGCAAGUACGGGACGAGCUCGACCGGGGCGCCGCCGCCCACGCCGCCGGCCCCCGUCUCGGACCGCUUCCGCGACGAGGACGCCCUCCUCAGGACCCGCGCCAAGACCCAGUCCGCCCUCGAGGACUUCGAGAACCUCAUCGACGAGCGCCGCGCCAAGUUCGACCGCGCCUCCAGCUCCCGCAGCUCCUUCGACGACUUCGACAACGAGGUAUCGGCCUCCCUGAAGCGCCUCCGCGCCCAGAAGGCCCGGCUCAACAAAGAGGCGUCCCUCGAGUCCGAGUUCGAAUCCACCUUCAACAACCGGAUCAACGGCUCCAAGCUCAAGCUCUCCGAGAAGCUCCUCGACAGCGUCGGCAUCAACGGGCGCAUGCAGGAGGCCCUCGACGACGAGAUCUUCACCAAGAGGCGUACGACAGCCGCCUCCACGUUCGACGACGCCCUCGAGGAGCCGCUCACCAAGUGGACGGCGCUCAAGCUCACCGAGGCCGACGACGAGAGCCUGGCCGCCCGCGCCCGGGCCAAGCAGUCCAAGGCCCGCCUCACCGACCUCGACGCGGAGAUCGAGCAGCUCGCCGAAAGGGGCGCCGCCAGGGAGAGGAGGGCCCAGGACCUCCGCGCCCUCCUCGCCGAGAACGACCUCCUCUCCGAGGAGUCCAUAAAAGUCAGCAAGAAGUUCAGCAAUAAGAAGGUCGCUUUCUAGAGGCGAGGUUUUGGUUUUUGUGUUCGGUUUUCUAGGGUGUUUCCGAGCAGGUUUUGGGUGGAGGACCUACAUCGGCGCACGGUGGACCGGGUCAAUACUGCUGUGCUAAGGAAGAACGCCGUAUGAACAUUCGAGAGUUGCCAAAUUUACUUGGAUGAAUGUUUAUUUUUGAGGAGAGUUGUGAAUAUUUCUCCUUUAAAUUUUCAGAAUCAUUUGGUGACAUUGCGAACAAAAUUAUCUGAAAAAUUGGGAGGAAAAUAUCCAUGAGUUUACCAGAAAAUUUGCGUUUUAUGAAAGGAAAUUUGGCAACGCCUGAAGGUUCAUACGGCGUUUUACGGCAGUACUGCUGUGCUAAGGAAAAAUGCCGUAUGAACCUUCAGGCGUUGCCACGUUUCCUUCGAUGAAACACGAAUUUUCCGGUAAACUGAUGAAUAUUUUUCUCCCAAUUCUUCAGAUGAUUUAAUUCGCAAUUCCUCCUAAAGUUCCUGAAAAUUUCAAGAAAUAGCAUUCUAAAACGUCCUAAAAAAUAACCAUUUAAUCGAAGGAAAUUCGGCAACUCUUGAAUGCUCAUACGGCGUUCUCCCUUAGCACUGUAGAAUAGGAGGGGUCGGACAAAAUUUGGAAACUUUAAAAGCCUAGUUCCGCACUUACAAAACUUUGAGGUUCUGAAAGUGGCUCCAUUGGUUUCCGCGUGAAAUUUUCUGCUUAAAGCAACCCUUGAAAUUUAAAAUGUGACGAUAAAAACAUGAAAUUUUUCAGUAUUAGUCAAAAAUGUCAUGUCCGACCUUUCUAAUUGACUCGAUCCACUGUGCGACGGCGAAACCGCAAAAAUGUGCAACUCGGUUGUGGGAUUACGAAGUUUUCGCUACAGUUUUGUUUUUUUAAAGGUGACCAAAGCAACAUCUUGGCUUGAAUUUUUCUCAGAAUAUUCUUUAAAAAGAGAGGAAAAAUCACUUAAAUUAUUAAAGUACUUUAACUUGUAUAAUAUGAAGUAUGAUAGGAAGUCUGCAACGCCGCAACCCGAGAUAUGCAUUUAUGCAGUUUCGCCAUCGAUAUGAGAGAGUACGGACAUGUUGGUAAUUUGGAGGUUAUAGGUCUUGAGGCCUGGAUACACGCUCAAAUUUCCGUCAAUUUACGAUAAAAAUAAUGACACAAAUGGCGGUCGAGAGUUAACUAAAUCUUUAUCUAAAAUUAAUUAAAACAGCGUGUUGAUUGAAAUAAGCAUGACAUUAGCACGGUUGUGUGGAAAUCAAAUGACGGAUGAGACCCAUAGUUUCAUCAUCUACCAUCAAAUUUUUGCAGGCCAAAAUUUUUUUUCAAAAAAUUGAUGGUAGAUUGUGCGCACCAGUCACCAUUUGAUCGGAAAUUGGUGGAAAUUGAGCGUGCAUCCAGGCCUUUGGACCUUUUACGCCCGAAAAAAACAGCCAACCUAUGAACUCAAACUAUCCAGAAUGAUUUAUUAUCACAAUUUUUACGACCCGAAAUCUAAAAAGCACGUAGUUGACUUGGUGUUUGCAUACAUAUACUCAUUUAUGCGAGCGGAUGAACAUUAUUGGCCAUCUUGGUUAGAAAUCGGAAUCUGAAAAUUGGAUACGGCAUUUUUCUGGUGUUUUCCGUGUCAGGCAUUAGGCUGCCUUUUUGGGUCCUAAGAGCUCCAUAUUUUGAUUUGUCCGUACCUCCCCAUGUGGGUACUCUAAAUUUGGGUGAGCGAUGUGCCGAAGAAGCAAAAUUUGAUUACUACAGUCCAAAUGUCGCAAUAGAUUGGAGAAAUGCAAUUUUUUUUAAUUUUAUUUUUUAUUAUAUAUAUUUUGACAUCCAAUCCCGUACUCUGAGAUACAUCGUUCACUUAAUUCGUUCAUUUAAAGCCGAAUUUGUUUUCACCUAGACUUUAAUGAUAUGAAUUCUAUUGUGAAGAGCUUUUAUCUAUAAAUAAUCGCACGAAAUCAACGAAGGUGAAAGAGGGCAAGUGGAGUGCCAUUUGCGCUAAAAUCAUUGAAGGAAAUGGUACGAAAAAGUAGCUUAAAUUUCUGUUGUGACGAGACCAUCUGAAUCAAAUCAGGUCUUAAAAAAUUUUCAGAGAAAUUUUCAAAUUUUUAUCUGAAAAUAUAUUUUUCAUAUGUUUACAUUAAAAAUUUCGAGAAAAUUCUUUCAAAUCACACAGAAAAUUCACGAGCAAUUUUUGAAAAUAAUAAGCAACCUUCCUUGAGGGAAUGAAAAAUUGACAGUUAAAUUUUUGCAAAGCUGCAUUGCAAUUUAAGUCCCUCUAACUUUUAUCUUGUCAAAUUACAGAUUUUCUGACCAGAUAUUAGAAGUUGUAUCUCUAUGUUAUUUUAGUCGCCACGUGUAAAAAUAGACUUCCAUCACCAAAAAAAAAAAAAAAAAAAAAAUGUUUUUAUUCUAUCGAUGAAAGUGAAGUUAAUAUUAAUAUGAAUUACUGCAACUUACGUCUUAUUCAAACGACCGAACGCGAGAUAGAGAUAUUCAGUAGAGUCUCAAAAUAUCGAAAAAUAAUAGCUUUACAUAUGAAAGGUUGAGAUAAUAUCGUUCGGCAAAGCACAUGAUCCUUCAGUUUCAGAUACUGGUAGGAAAAAUGUGUAAAAAUUUUAGCUUGAUUUCAAUUCGACAGUCCUUUAAAUUAAGCUCAAAUUUUAAGUGAAAGGAGGUUUGGGAAAAUCAAGCUGGGCAUUUACAGCGAGGUAAGAUUAAUACACGCUCAUGAAAAUUUUUCUGUGAUAGAGAUAACAUUUCUCUUUUGAAUUAUUUUAUCACCUAAAAAUUAACUAGGGAAUGGUCUAUGUCGAUGAGCCAAACCUUUUAACCCAAACUAGAAAGAAAAAUUGCACUCCAUGAAAAAAUAAAUUUGAAACUAAAAGCGAAACUUCCUAAAAUAUGAACUGUUUCUACUUUUUAUUGGUCCUAUAUCAGUUUUAAGGUUUUGCUAUCAUUAUUUUUUUUGAUGGGUUUAAUUUGGUUGUUCAUCAAACAAAUGUAUACGCUGAAGUAAGCGAAUGUCAUAUACUUAAUUACUAUGUUUGUACCAUCUGGUACUUACCAACACCGCUGAAAAGUGGUAAUCGUGUGCUCACGUGUAGGAAAAUAAUUUUGUUCAAUUUUUUGUAUUGAACUUUUGUACAAUAGCAUGUUAAAUUGUAAGUAAAUUAUAAACUUUUAUUACAUUUAAGAAUAAAAUUGUAAAUAAAAGAUUCGA